GUUGUCGAAACAACAAACCCUACUACGGAGCAAGUGGCGGGGUGAACUGAGAGAGCGUCCAAAACCGCCUCUGACCGCCAGUUUCAAACUCAUUUGCGGAAAUCGUGGUUAUAUCAAAACAGGAACAGAUAGCGACUCAACAAAGCAGUGGCUCGUUUGGAAAUAAAUUGAAUAACGGGGUCCUACACUACCUUGUGGACGCUGAGGAUCUGAGGUCUGUUCUUAUUUCAGUUGGAUCAGACAUGUUAGAGAAAUGAUAGCGGCACCAGAGUUACCGUCGGAGUUCCACUAUCCUCAGGAUACGGACACCCGUUUCUCCUCAGACACAGACUUCUCUGAGGCUCCUGAUGUUAGUAUCAACCCAACCAAAGGAAAGGGGGGGAAGAAGUGGAAGAAGGUGACAGGAGAGAAGGGUAAAGGAGCAGGGAGGAUGAACGGCCACUACCAGGAGAAUGGCAUGGAGAACCUAAUGCUGUUUGAGGUUGUCAAGAUGGGCAAGAGCGCCAUGCAGUCUGUGGUGGAUGACUGGAUUGAGGCAUAUAAAACCGACAGGGACAUGGCUCUGCUAGACCUGAUCAACUUCUUCAUCCAGUGUUCUGGCUGUAAAGGAGUGGUCAGUGGAGAGAUGUUCCGAAACAUGCAGAACUCUGAGAUCAUCAGGAGGAUGACAGAGGAGUUUGACGAGGACAGCGGAGACUACCCUCUGACCAUGGCAGGUCCGCUGUGGAAGAAGUUUAAGGGUAGUUUCUGUGAGUUCAUUGCUGUCUUGGUGAGACAGUGUCAGUACAGCAUCAUCUAUGAUGAGUACCUCAUGGACACGGUCAUAUCGCUCCUCACCGGACUGUCGGACUCACAGGUCCGAGCCUUCAGGCACACCAGCACACUGGCAGCUAUGAAACUGAUGACAGCCCUGGUGAAUGUAGCUCUGAACCUGAGCAUCAACAUGGACAACACACAGCGGCAGUACGAGACAGAGAGAAACAAGAUGGUCGCUAAGAGAGCCAACGACCGACUGGAGCUACUGCUGCAGAAACGCAAAGAGCUUCAAGAAAAUCAGGACGAAAUUGAGAACAUGAUGAAUGCUAUAUUCAAGGGUGUGUUUGUACACAGAUAUCGUGAUGCCAUAGCCGAGAUCAGAGCUAUCACUAUAGAGGAGAUAGGAAUGUGGAUGAAGCUCUACAGUGACGCCUUCCUCAACGACAGCUACCUGAAAUACGUAGGCUGGACCAUGCACGACAAGCAAGGCGAGGUGCGUCUGAAAUGUUUGACAGCGCUGCAGGGUCUCUACUACAACAGAGAACUGAACACCAGACUGGAGCUGUUCACCAGCCGCUUCAAGGACCGCAUCGUCUCCAUGACUCUAGACAAGGAGUACGAUGUCGCAGUACAAGCAAUUAAACUGCUCACUCUGGUACUACAUAGUACAGAUGAGGUACUGAGCCCGGAGGACUGUGAGAGCGUCUAUCACCUGGUCUACUCCGCCCACCGACCGGUCGCCAUAGCAGCCGGGGAGUUCCUCUUCAAGAAACUGUUCAGUACGCGGGAACCGGAAGAGGAGGGCGCCCCCAAGAGGAGAGGAAGACAAAGCCCCAACGCCAACCUCAUCAAAACUACUGUUUUCUUCUUCCUGGAGAGCGAGCUCCAUGAGCACGCUGCGUACCUGGUGGACUCUCUGUGGGAGAGUGGAGCAGACCUGUUGAAGGACUGGGAGUGUAUGACCAGCCUGCUACUGGAUGACCCCGUGCCAGGGGAGGAAGCCCUGACAGACAGACAGGAGACGGCUCUCAUAGAGAUAAUGCUGUGUACGGUGCGUCAGGCUGCAGAGUGCCACCCGCCCAUAGGCCGCGGAACCGGGAAGAGGGUGAUGACAGCGAAGGAGAAGAAGACCCAGCUAGAUGACAGGACCAGGAUGACAGAGCUGUUUGCUGUGACAUUGCCUCCUCUGCUGGCCAAAUACUCCAUAGAUUCAGAAAAGGUGACCAACCUGCUGCAGCUCCCUCAGUUCUUUGACCUGGAUAUCUACACCACAGGACGACUAGAGAAGCACUUGGAGGCGUUGCUGCGUCAGAUCAGGGAGAUCGUGGAGAAACACACGGACACAGAGGUUCUGGAGGCGUGCUCGAAGACCUACCACGCUCUCUGCAACGAGGAGUUCACCAUCUUCAACAGAGUGGACAUCGCCAGGUCACAGCUGGUCGAUGAACUGGUGGACAAAUUCAACAGACUGCUGGAAGACUUCUUACAAGAGGGUGAAGAGCCUGAUGAUGAUGAUGCCUACCAGGUCCUGUCUACUCUCAAGAGAAUCACUGCCUUCCACAAUGCCCAUGACCUGUCCCAGUGGGAUCUGUUCAGCAGUAACUUCAAGUUGCUCAACACGGGCAUUGAGAACGGAGACAUGCCAGAGCAGAUAGUGGUCCAUGCUCUACAGUGUACCCACUACGUUGUCCUGUGGUACUUGGCCAAGGUCUCAGAGGGCAGCCACAGAAAGGAGGACAUGGUGAGCCUGAGGAAACAGAUGCGGAUGUUCUGUCUGAUGUGUCAACGUUACCUCACCAACGUCAACACAACCGUUAAGGAACAGGCGUUCACCAUCCUGUGUGAUGUGUUGCUGGUCUUUAGUCAUCAGAUGGUAUCGGGAGGCAGAGAGCAGCUGGAACCGCUGGUCUACAGUCCUGAUGACUCGUUACAGACAGAACUACUGUCCUUCAUACUGCACCAUGUGUUUAUAGACCAGGACGAUGACAACUGCAGCACAGAUGGCCAGCAGGAUGACGAGGCAGCGAAGAUAGAAGCUCUUCACAAGAGACGUAACCUCCUGGCUGCCUACUGUAAACUUAUCAUCUAUAACGUAGUAGAGAUGAACACUGGAGCUGACAUCUUUAAACAGUACAUGAGGUAUUAUAAUGACUAUGGUGACAUCAUCAAGGAGACCAUGUCUAAGACCAGACAGAUAGACAAGAUCCAAUGUGCCAAGACACUCAUCCUCAGUUUACAACAGUUGUUCCAUGAGAUGAUGUCAGAGUUGGGGACAGGAUUUGACCGCUCGUCCUCAGCGUUCUGUGGGAUCAAGGAGCUGGCCAGACGUUUCUCUCUCACCUUUGGUCUGGACCAGGUGAAAACACGAGAUGCUAUCGCCAUGCUGCACAAGGAUGGUAUAGAGUUUGCGUUUAAGGAGCCCAGUCCCCAGGGAGAAGGAAACCCUCCUCUUCACCUGGCCUUCCUAGACAUCCUCUCUGAGUUUUCCUCCAAACUAAUGAGGCAGGACAAGAGGACUGUUCACAUGUAUCUGGAGAGGUUCAUGACCUUCCAGAUGGCCCUCCAGAGAGACGACUGCUGGCUACCGCUCAUCUCCUACAGGAACUCCCUGCAGGCCGGCGGGGACGAUGACACCAUGUCUGUUGUCUCCGGCUACUCCUCCAGAGGGUCGUCGGUCAGAUCCAAGAAGACCAAGGCUGCUACUCCCACUACUGCCGUCGCUGCAGCCAAGAGGAGACUUCCUGAAGCGGAGGAGAGCAGUAGCAGCAGUACAGAUAUGUCGUGGCAGCACCAGAGCAUGCAGACUCCAGUGAUGAUGCCCUCCCCCCACCUCACCUCUACCAUGAUGAGAGGACCCGGGGACAUGAGGGGGGACGCCAAACGGGGGAGAGACGACAGCUAUAUAGGCGUGUACGCCCUCCCUUCAGACUCCCAGCAGCAGCCACACCCUCACACACUCCCCCAAACACCUCAACUCCACCAGACACCCAUCGACUACAAUACCCAGGUGACGUGGAUGCUGGCUCAGAGGCAGCAGGAGGAGGUUCGUCAGCAGCAGGAGAGGGCCAUGAACUACGCCAAGCUCAGGACAAACCUGCAACAGGCCAUUCGGCGUGGUACAGGGCUGAUGGAGGAGGAUGAGGAGCCUAUCGUAGAGGACGUGAUGAUGUCAUCAGAGGGUCGUAUGGAAGACCUCAACGAGGGCAUGGACUUUGACACCAUGGACAUCGACCUGCCCCCCUCUAAGAACAGGAGAGAGAGAUCAGAGCUGAAACCAGACUACUUUGACCCUGGUUCCAUCAUGGAUGAGUCUGUCCUUGGAGUGUCUAUGUUUUAAACUGGUAUUUGUCGAGGAAGAGGAGAGGCGUACUGUAUUUAUGGAGACGUUAAGCUGCAGAUCAGAAGUCUUCUCUGGUUUAUCCUCCAUGGUCUAACGCACAGUGUUGCUCGCUCAGAGGGGACUGAAUGAAAACAAAGUACUUUUUAUAAUCCUUGGGUAAGCUUUCACCUUUCAGUUAGUGUCCAACCAGUUCCAAACCUAGAAGAAUCCUCCAGACGCUUAGUCUGAAGGAAGUUCUAUAACAUUAAAUUGUUUUCUUCCAAAUGGAGAUGGAAUGAGUUGUAAGAUGUCCUCUAACCCUCUCUAUGCUAGUAUAGUGAGUAACCCGGUGCGGUGUAGUCAUUUAGACACAGAUUGUUAGUAGGAAAUGUAGCUAGCUGUGGUAGAAGUGGAUGGACAUGGUCUUUAUGCUAGUUUCACCCAUGUUGGACUGUCAGUAGAAUCUGUUGGUUCUGUGGUUGUGAUGACGACGACUGCUGGUGGUUGUUGGUGACCUGUUGAAUAGAUCAGCUGUAAGAGUCAUGGAUGUAGCAACACACAUCCAACCGUUUUCCAAGUGCAGAGUCCUUUAUGCGAAACGAGUAGAAAUCACGCCACACUGUCGUACAUCCUUCAGUAUAGUUUCUGUCAACGUUUGGACCAGAGGGUCUGUCCGUCAUAUCUAACUGUGUGUGUGGGUAGUGUUUCUAUUCCGUGGUUGUUGAAUAGUCUGAGGACCCCGGUAGUUGCUGUGAAGAGGCCCAGGGUGUGUCUCAAAAGUAGUGCACUAUAUAGGGAAUAGGGCUCUGGUCUAAAGUAGUGCACUAUAUAGGGAAUAGGGCUCUGGUCUAAAGUAGUGCACUAUAUAGGGAAUAGGGCUCUGGUCUAAAGUAGUGCACUAUAUAGGGAAUAGGGUGCCAUUUGGGACAAAGACCCAGUAUUUAACAAGGAACUAGGCUGCCGCACAAGUCCUGAAGCUUACCCAAAGAUUUGGAUCCUUCUCCCUAUCUGAAGAGACUACUCUCCCAACGGACAGCGAGGUGAUCUUCUCUCUGGUAGUGCCACCACUGUGCUGACUCAGAGACAAGCAAGCAGCAUGUUAAUAGACAGAAAAUCCAGCAUAUUUAGUGUUGAAAUGGCUAUCUCUAAAUUUUAAAUAAAGUUAUAUAUGAAUCGGUGCUGAUUUUAUAACUGUGCUUUUUUAAAUUAAAAUGUUCAACAUAAGUUAAGGUUUCAUAAAUGUGUAAAAGUGUUUAAAAUGGAAAGCAUGUGUAGUGAGGGAGAUUUUUACAUUUCUAUUUUUGUUUUUCUUUGUCUUAAUGUUUUGGGGUUUCUACCUCUUGUUUUUCCUACGUGUAAAUUAGUUUGGAUAAGACUCAUUAUGAAAGAAAUAAAUGUGACUUGUGAAAUAUCAGCUUUAAGGUUUUCACCAUCAACAUGAGUAAUAAUAAUGUCCUGUUGCGAAAUGCCACCAUAUAAAACUGUAUAGAGAACUUAAAGCCAGUCAUUAUAUUCCUAUAGAAAGGUUGUUGUUUUCAUCCCAAAUGGCACCCUGGUGCCCUCACCAGGCCAAAUAUUCCCUAUGGGACCUGGUCAAAAGUAGUGCACUGUAUAGGGAAUAGGGUGCCAUUUGGGACAAUUCUCAACAGCAGCAGCACUCUGGCAGCUAGACAAAGCUUACAUGUGACAUGAACUAUUAUGUCAUCCAUACGUUUUAAUGAAAUGUUCUGUCUACUGAGGUAAAUCUAUCUACUUGGUUCCAUUCCAUGCCUGGGCCUUAAACAUGCAGUAGUGGAAGGAAAUCAACUGCCCUGUCUAAUAAACUGCCCCUAGCCCCAUAGAAACAGUAUUGCUAGAAUAUAAUUGCUCUGGUUUAAGUGUAGAUCCCCCACUAGUAAUUCUAUGCCUCUACCCCAUGGCACCUGUGGAUAUCUGAUAGGAAUGGAUAAGUAAGGUGUAUCCAAUUUGGCUUCAUCCCAACUAGUUUUAUCGGGGAGAAGGUGAUACUACUACCCAUCAAAUCACUGCAGAUUUACACUACCACCUUGGGGUUAGUGCUGGGGUAGCCUCGGAAAGCCUAGGGGUUAAGGCUGGGGUAGCCUCGGAAUGCCUAGGGGUUAGGGCUGGGGUAGCCUCGGAAUGCCUAGGGGUUAGGGCUGGGGUAGCCUCGGAAUGCCUAGGGGUUAGGGCUGGGGUAGCCUCGGAAUGCCUAGGGGUUAGGGCUGGGGUAGCCUCGGAAUGCCUAGGGGUUAGGGCUGGGGUAGCCUCGGAAAGCCUAGGGGUUAGGGCUGGGGUAGCCUCGGAAAGCCUAGGGGUUAGGGCUGGGGUAGCCUCGGAAUGCCUAGGGGUUAGGGCUGGGGUAGCCUCGGAAUGCCUAGGGGUUAGGGCUGGGGUAGCCUCGGAAUGCCUAGGGGUUAGGGCUGGGGUAGCCUCGGAAUGCCUAGGGGUUAGGGCUGGGGUAGCCUCGGAAUGCCUAGGGGUUAGGGCUGGGGUAGCCUAGGGGUUAGGGCUGGGGUAACCUUGGAAAGCCUAGGGGUUAGGGCUGGGGUAGCCUCGGAAAUCUUCUGUAGAUGACAUUUAGAAGGAUGUCCUCGUGAGACUAGAGUUUAGGGUGCUAGGGGUUGUUUCUGGACAGGUCCUAAAUCGUUUUCUCUUACUAAUCCUCUUCCGUGUCAGAGGUAGCCAUGAAAGGUGAUUAUUAGGGUUGUUAUAACGACACAAAGCAGAUGGUCCAGAUGUGAUGUCGAUGAAGUAGAUACAGGCAGCCUGUGUGUUUUACCUAAUUAUUAUUAUUAUUAUAUGUAAGUAAAUAUUUUGGAGUAAAAAUGACUGUUGCUUUUGUUUUGUCACUUACUACCACUACAUUGGUAUAGUCCUUUAUUUGAGCCUUCCUGUAUAUAAAACAAACAGCAAGCUUUAUUUUCAUUUGUGUUUUUCCUUUUUGGCCAUUUUAUGUAUGUGUUGAAUUUUCUCAUAUAUAUAAUAUACAAACACACACACACUUCCGCGCUGUUUGUUCCCUAUUCUAUUACCACUCCCUCUCAGAUUUGUACUUGCCUGGAGACAGUCACUUUUUUGAAUAAAAGUAAACCAACUCGA